ACAACUGCUGACCGACGGAUACCUACAGAGAGCUGAUACAGAAACAGGCAGGAAGAUGGAGAAGACCAAGAGCAAAUCCUUUUCUUACUACUGGAGGAACAACAAGAAGAGCCGAGAUCUUCUGUUGAGAUCCAGAAAGCUGCGGCUGGUUCCUUCACAGAUGACACGAUUGUUCGGAGACAGUGCAGUUCGGUUGGCAUUGCAAAAUGCCAGGAUGGCUCCUCUGCUGCCCCCUGUUGGUACGGAGGUGUUCAGGCCAUUCACAUUGGCCUCACUGGAAGAGAUUUUGCGUCGACAAAAAGCUGAGCAGGAGACGAAACAGAAGAAGGAAAAGAGCACAGAGAUAGCAGAGGAAGACCUCCCAAAACCAUCCCGUGACCUAGAGGCUGGAAAACCCCUCCCCUUCAUCUUUGGAGAUCCACCUCCUGAGUUACUCAACACCCCACUGGAGGAACUGGAUCCCUUCUACCAAUCGCAAAAGACGUUCAUCGUCUUAAGUAAAGGAAACAUCAUCUACAGGUUUAACACUGAGCCGGCCUGUUACAUACUGAGCCCCUUAAACCUGCUGAGACAAAUCGCCAUCAAGAUCCUGAUUCACUCUUUGUUCAGUUUUUUCAUCAUGGUGACCAUUUUGACAAACUGUGUGUUCAUGACGAUGAGUGAAGCUCCAGCCUGGAGCAAGAAUGUAGAAUAUGUCUUCACAGCCAUCUACACAUUUGAAGCUGCCAUCAAAGUUUUGUCUCGAGGUUUCUGUGUGGGACAGUUCACCUUUCUCAGAGAUCCAUGGAAUUGGCUGGACUUCAUGGUCAUCACCAUGGCGUAUUUGACAGAGUUUGUCGAUUUGGGAAAUCUUUCUGCUUUGAGGACAUUCAGAGUUCUGCGGGCUUUGAAGACCAUCACUGUGAUUCCAGGUUUGAAGACGAUUGUUGGAGCUCUCAUCCAGUCAGUGAAGAAACUCGGAGAUGUGAUGAUCCUGACCAUGUUCUGCCUCAGCGUCUUUGCUCUGAUUGGUCUGCAGCUUUUCAUGGGAAACCUGAAGCAAAAAUGUAUCCGAUGGCCACCACUGGCACUAAACAACCUAACAUCCAACGGUUACAAUGGCAAUGACACGGGAAUUCCUGGUGUGGAUUGGCUGGAGUACAUCAAUAACGCUGACAAUUAUUACUUCUUGAAUGGUCAAGUUGAUGCUCUGGUGUGUGGAAAUGGCUCUGAUGCUGGAGUCUGUCCAAAUGGAUAUAUGUGUAUGAAGGCGGGAGAAAACCCAAACUAUGGUUACACCAACUACGACACCUUUGCCUGGGCUUUUCUGGCUCUGUUCAGACUGAUGACUCAGGACUUUUGGGAAAACCUCUUUCAGCUGACUCUGAGAGCAGUAGGAAAAACCUACAUGAUCUUCUUUGUGGUCAUCAUCUUUCUUGGCUCAUUUUAUCUCAUUAAUCUCAUCCUGGCGGUAGUCGCCAUGGCGUACGCCGAGCAGAACAAUGCAACCAUCACAGAGGCAAAGCAAAAAGAGGAAGAGUACGCCCAGAUCCUGGAGGUGCUGAAGAAACGGGAUGAGGAGGCAGCGAGCAACAUGGUGAAGAAUUCAUCUGCUGAAACCCAAAACCAUGAGCAUGAACACACUGCAGUGGAAGACUACGCGGAUGACCAGAGACCAUGUCCUCCAUGUUGGUACAGCUUCGCUAACCUCUUCUUGAAGUGGAACUGUUGUCCCUGUUGGCGUUGGACCAAACAGUGGCUGUACACCAUCAUCAUGGAUCCGUUUGCUGAUCUCGCGAUUAUAAUUUGCAUCAUCCUCAACACGGUCUUCAUGGCCAUGGAGCACUAUCCCAUGACAGCUGAAUUUCAACAUGUGUUAAGCACCGGAAACCUGGUCUUCACUGGGAUCUUCACAGCUGAGAUGGUGCUGAAGUUGCUCGCCAUGGACCCUUACCACUAUUUCCAGGUGGGGUGGAACAUCUUUGACAGUAUUAUAGUGACCAUGAGCCUUGUUGAACUGGGACUGGCAGAUGUUGAAGGUCUUUCUGUGCUGCGUACCUUCAGAUUGAUGCGAGUGUUUAAGCUGGCCAAGUCGUGGCCAACCCUCAACUCUCUGAUAAAAAUUAUUGGGAACUCUGUUGGUGCCCUGGGAAACCUGACACUGGUUCUGGCCAUCAUUGUCUUCAUCUUUGCUGUGGUGGGAAUGCAGCUGUUUGGGAAGAACUACAAAGAUUGUGUCUGCCGCAUCUCAUCUGACUGCGCGCUUCCUCGCUGGCACAUGAACGACUUUUUCCAUGCGUUCCUCAUUAUCUUUCGGGUGCUGUGUGGAGAAUGGAUUGAGACCAUGUGGGACUGUAUGGAGGUCUCAGGACAAGCCUUGUGUCUGAUUGUCUACAUGAUGGUCCUGGUCAUUGGGAACCUGGUGGUCCUAAAUCUGUUCUUAGCCUUGUUGCUGAGUUCAUUCAGUGGUGAUACUCUGGCUGCUCCAGAAGAUGAAGGAGAGAACAAUCUGCAGAUUGCUGUAAACCGUAUCAAAAGGGCUGUCAACUGGAUUAGCAUCUGGAUACACAAACAUGUUCGGUGCUGGAUGGGGAAGGAGAACCAUACCAACUCGGACACCACUGCAACCAAAGGUGAGGAAGAGAACAAGAAGGAACAUGUGGCCUUGACUUUUAUAACCACUGACCAACCGGCAUCAAAGGUCAACAUUGUCAGCAGCAACUACCACAACAUUAUGUCAUUGAAAGUCCCAAUUGCUGAGGCUGAGUCUGACUUUGAGACACCUGACAAUGAAGAAGAUGAAGAAGAGAAGACCUCCCAACACUCCCAAUGUGAGGAAAAGUCCUCAAAGUGCAGCACAGUGCAAAAUCUCCCUGACGUUCAUGAAGAUAUUGAUGAAGGUGGACCUGAAGAUUGCUGCACUGAGAAGUGUUACAGACGGUGUCCCUGCCUGGACAUAGACACGUCUCAUGGCAGAGGGAAGACCUGGUCUAACUUCAGGAGAGCAUGUUUCUCCAUAGUAGAACACAAUUACUUUGAGACGUUCAUUAUCUUCAUGAUCCUGCUGAGCAGCGGAGCGCUGGCAUUUGAAGACAUCUACCUGGAGCAGCGUCGAAUCAUAAAGACCAUCUUGGAGUAUGCCGACCAAAUCUUCACCUUUGUGUUUGUGCUGGAGAUGGUUCUUAAGUGGUUUGCCUAUGGCUUCAAGACCUACUUCACCAAUGCUUGGUGCUGGCUGGACUUCUUGAUUGUAGAUGUGUCCCUGGUGUCUCUGACAGCCAACAUCCUGGGAUUCUCUGAGCUGGGACCCAUUAAGUCUCUGAGGACAUUGAGAGCUUUGAGGCCUCUCAGGGCUCUGUCUCGUUUUGAAGGCAUGAGGGUGGUGGUGAACGCUCUGGUUGGAGCAAUCCCAUCCAUCUUUAACGUGCUGCUCGUCUGUCUGAUCUUCUGGCUGAUUUUCAGCAUCAUGGGAGUGAAUCUGUUUGCUGGCAAAUUCUACAGCUGCAUUAAUGAGACUUCAGGGGAACUGUUAUCCUCUGACAUAGUCAACAACAAAACAGACUGCAUGAAUCUGAUCUUCAGCAACUUCUCUGAGGUCCGCUGGGUGAACCUGAAGAUCAACUAUGACAAUGUGGGGAUGGGCUACCUUUCAUUGCUGCAAGUGGCAACCUUUAAAGGCUGGAUGGAGAUCAUGUACAGAGCUGUGGACUCCAGAGAGGUGGAGUCGCAACCAGUAUACGAGGCCAAUCUCUAUAUGUACCUGUACUUUGUCUGCUUCAUCAUUUUUGGCUCAUUCUUCACUCUGAACCUCUUCAUUGGAGUCAUCAUUGACAACUUCAACCAGCAGAAAGCAAAGUUGGGAGGAACUGAUAUCUUCAUGACAGAGGAGCAGAAGAAAUAUUACAACGCCAUGAAGAAACUGGGAUCAAAGACACCACAGAAGCCGGUUCCACGACCUCAGAAUAAGUGCCAGGCUCUGGUCUUUGACCUGGUAACCCAACAGGGUUUUGACAUCUUCAUUAUGGUUUUGAUUUGCCUGAAUAUGGUGGCCAUGAUGGUGGAGACUGAUGAGCAGAGUGAAGAGAAAGAAUUUAUCCUAUUCUGGAUCAACCUGGUCUUCAUCGUCCUCUUCACUGUUGAGUGCAUUUUGAAGCUCUUUGCACUCAGGCGGCACUUCUUCACCGUCGGCUGGAACAUUUUCGACUUUGUGGUCGUCAUCCUUUCUAUCUUAGGCUUAUUUCUGGCCGAUGUGAUUGAGAAAUAUUUUGUUUCACCCACUCUCUUUCGUGUGGUCCGUCUGGCUCGCAUUGGCCGUGUCCUUCGUCUGAUUCGUGGGGCAAAGGGCAUCCGGACCCUGCUCUUCGCCCUGAUGAUGUCCCUUCCUGCCCUCUUCAACAUCGGCCUCCUCCUCUUCCUCAUCAUGUUCAUCUACUCCAUCUUUGGGAUGUCAAAUUUUGCAUAUGUCAAAAAGGAGGGCAUGAUGGAUGACAUGUUCAACUUUGAGAAUUUUGGCAACAGUAUGAUCUGCCUCUUCACCAUCACUACUUCGGCGGGGUGGGACGGCCUACUUAGCCCCAUCAUGAACAUGCCACCAGACUGUGACCCACACGUGGAAAAUCCUGGAACAUUGGUCAGAGGGAACUGCGGAAGCCCUGCUGUGGGCAUUGUCUUCUUCACCACGUACAUCAUCAUGUCCUUCCUGGUGGUGGUCAACAUGUACAUUGCCAUCAUUCUGGAGAACUUUAAUGUUGCAACAGAGGAAAGCAGUGAGCCGCUAAGCGAGGAUGACUUUGAGAUGUUCUAUGAAACUUGGGAGAAGUUUGACCCUGAUGCUACACAUUUUAUACAGUACAGCAUGUUAUCGGAGUUCUGUGACACCCUCCAAGAUCCUCUGAAGAUUCCCAAACCAAACACCAUCAGACUAAUCCACAUGGACCUGCCAUUGGUUCCUGGAGACAAAAUCCACUGUCUGGACAUCCUGCUGGCACUCACAUCACAGGUGCUGGGUGAUUGUGAGUCAGGACAGAUGGAUGCUCUGAAAGCCAGCAUGGAGGAGAAGUUCAUGGCCAACAACCCCUCAGAGGUAUCAUAUGAACCAAUCAGCAGCACCCUGCGGAGGAAACAAGAAGAGGUGGCAGCAUCAGUCAUUCAGAGGGCCUACAGGAAACAUCUCUUGAAACGGACCAUCCACUUGGCAUCCUAUAAACACAGAGAGAAGACAGAGGAUGAAUGUCCACCAGAAACAGUAGGUCUGCUCUGCACACGCAUGGAUCAGCUAUACGGAGAGAAGGAGGAGGCUGACAGCCGAGAGCAUCCUGCUGUCCAGGUGGAGCUUCAGAAUGAAAUAGUUCUCCAUGCUGCUCCUCCACUCGAUGCUUCUGACAUCCUACCCGAUGAUGACCUGAGAGAGUCCAACAUCUGAAGUCACACCAUGAUGUCAACCUCUCAUUUCUUCCUUACUAACCUGUAACAAGGACUAACCACUCUCAUGGUGUAAGAUGAGCUUCUUGCUAAACUGCACAAGAUGGUCCGAGAACUCAGGUGACUGAGUCUGAUGAGGACAACACUGUCAAUAACUCUGAGCUGCUUUAGUCGAAGGAUGAAGAUUUUGGAGUUGAUCUUCUUCAUGGAGACUUCAGUGUGGAUGUUAGCUGAAAAAAUCAUUUCCAUUUUUUUGAUUCAAGUUUAUUCUUCAACAGGCAGUUCAAAGGUCAGCUGAUGACUGUUCCAGGUCAUGCUCCUAAAAAAAGGUUUACAAAAAGUAUGAAUGUGGAACAGUAAACAGAGAUGUGUGUUGAAAGGUCUCUUCACUCAUGAAAGAGUGAUCUGCCAAAAUAUUUUAUUCUUGCAUCCAAUUCCUUUAUAAGUUUAACGAGUUUAAAAGUUUUCCUUUGAUCAGCACUUAUUCCUCACAGCAAGAACAUCCUAGGUUGACUUCCAUCGGUGUCCAGGUUCCUCCAGUGUAUGAAUGGGCCUCCUGCCUCCACAAAGGAAUCAGUACCUAUGCAAGGCCAGUCACAAAGUCAAGAAACCUGGUGCAGAGGCCACCAGUAUUCUUGCCAACAUGAGUGUCUACAGAACGAAGAUAUGGUUGGGGGUAAAACCGGACUCUCCAGGAAACUGAGCAGGAAGAGGCUAGCACUACAACCUUUUCCAGAGUGGGACAAAAUAAUCUUCCAAGUCCAUUGGGAUAAUACUUGGAGGUGCAGGAUUUGGUUGUCUUGAGAGAUGUUGUUUGUCUUCACAACAACAGCAUGUGCACACGCAGCCCAGCUGCAAACGGCUGGAACGUGCGUAAAUAGUUAAAGUAGUUGAUAAAAUGUUCUUUCCACUAUUGUUUCUGUAUGACAACAUUGCUUUUCGUCCCACACAUGGAUGAGUCAUCAGUGAUACAAGGAUGUUAUGUUCAGCUCAUCUGAGCUUUAGUUAUUGAUCCUUUUAGAUAGCGACAACAUUCAUGCAAGACGUCGGACUUGGGAGGUUGGAAGAAGUUGGACAAAAGUAAAACGGAACGCUGACAUUACAGAAACUAUGCAAAUGAUAAGAAACCAUCGAGACAGACAGCAAAACAAAAUGCGGACAAAUUGAGGUUGUCAUCGGGAUUCGUUCACAUUUUUCAACAGUUUGAAAAUUCUGAUGAAGCGCCAGCUGCAGGAACGAAUCUUGACAAUGGUUAAAUGAUGUCAAUGUAAGUCAAUGCAAAUCCACAUUUCUUGUUUCAUUUGGGCUUUGUUGUCCUUUGUUGCUGUGUGACUGGUGCUUUACCAGAUUCAAUCAUUCACAGCUGACUCCUACCAUGGGAGGUGCGUAACAUCCUGACAGGAGGACCAUCCUGCAACAGCUUAAAGUAGAGAGCCCAACAGGACAGUACCUCAGAAUAGUGUUAAUUUUGUCACCUGUUUUAAAUUUAAGCCCCCGUCACACAUAGCAAGAAUGUGGAGGAGCAUUCCGGCACGGCAAAUAUUGCCAUAAUCCGACGCAGUCGGGAGGAAAAGAAGCGUGGCCAGCCGUGGUCCGAAUGCAUCUGGACUGCCUCGUGCACACCUGCAGGAUGCAGCCCAAACAUAUUUCAGACAACAGUCAGAUGACACAGACUUCUGUCAGACAGUACCAACAUUGGAGCUGACACUCACCCACUCAUUCACCCACCCAAUCAAAUCUGUGCUCAUCCUCAGAUUCCCAGCGCUAAACUGACCUCACAUCAGUGUGUGUCUCACAUGAUGGAGCGUGCACGUGUACGUGCAUAGAACAGGU